CCCCAGUACCUCCCAGUAUCUCCGGGGCUCAGUCCCUGCAGAGAGAGAAGAGAAUUUCCCGGGUCAGUCCGUUCCCUUUUUCUCCCGACGCAGCGGAGGGGGAGGAUUUGGAUCUUAUUUCCCAUUAUGAGGGGGGGGAUUCAGUCCUGAACAGUAACCAGACCCUCCGCUUUGCUUUUCCAUCUUUUCCUGACGUCUCCGAGUUGUUGGUGAGAUUUCCUGGGAGAGUCUCCAACCCCUGCACCUGGUUCCCUUUGGAUGUGGUUGGGAUUUCGCAUGGAUCUCUGCUCAUAACCUGAAGUGCCGACCCCUCUCUCUCCUCCAGGUGAAGAUGAUGAUCUGGUUUCUGAUUGGCUUCCUUCUCCCACUGGCAAUUUUUGCACCCCCCCCACCCAUCAACCGAUUGGCGCUGUUCCCAGAUAAAAAUGCCUGGUGUGAAGCCAAAAACAUCACUCAGAUUGUGGGGCACAGCGGCUGCGAGUCCAAAUCCAUCCAGAACAGAGCCUGCCUGGGUCAGUGUUUCAGUUACAGUGUCCCCAAUACAUUUCCUCAGUCUACAGAGUCGUUGAUCCAUUGUGACUCCUGCAUGCCCAUUGAUUCCGUUUGGGAUGUGGUGACCCUGGAGUGUCCGGACAAUGAGGAUUUCCCGCGGGUGGACAAAUUGGUGGAGAAGAUCUUGCAGUGCAGUUGUCAGGCGUGUGGGAAGGAGGGGGCCAUGUUUAAUGUGUAUCUGAACACGGCAGAAGACUCGCCAGCAGAAAGCCUGGGGCACCAUCAGCAUCGGCCUCCGGCGCGGGAAGACGAUUUACCAGCCCAGUCGGAGCGGGAAGGGGAAAGUGAAGAGUGAUAGCUCCAUGGACAAGUAUCACAACUCUUAUUGUCUUAAAGGCACAGAUCCCUCCCUCGCUGCCAGAACAGCACCAGGAACCCAACUUCAAUCUUCAGAAAAUCCGCUUGUGUUACCCCUGGGGGGUGAAUAAGGAGCCCCCGCAAAUCCUGAUUGCAAAGCAGAGGUGGCGGAAUUGGAUAUUUAUCAGCGUUGCCAUGGCGACAGCUUUUCUCUUUUAAGCGCCAUUGGUGGACAAUGCAAUAUGGCUGCCUGCCCGUAGCUCUCCUGUUUACUAGACGCAGCCAUUGCUGUAUAAAGUGUGACUGUCCUGUUACUCAUACCACUUACGUGUUGUGUCUGUGGCACCUUCAUCCCCACAGGAGCUUGUAAGGAACCUGCCCAAAUAGUGGCCCCUCAUACAAACUGUGCAAAUGCUCCAGACCUAGCGUCAUGCUGAGACCACUGGGAAUGGCCACUAGAAAAUUCAUUUAAUCUUCCAAUUUUCUCCCCAGACCUUUCAGUUCUUCUGGGCUGUUCUCUAUCCCAUUAGCAGACAGGAGGCGGAGCCUGGACGUCAAUGAGAAGCCAAUUCAGGGCAUUUUUCAUUGCAUUGAUCUGUCUGAUCAGUGGAAAUGAGGAGAUAGAGCUUUGGACACUAGAGGGAGCCCUUGGUUCAGCCUACAGUGAUCAAUGCAAAGGGAAGCGUUAUCAAUCAGAGCCAAGGUCUCCCUGACUAUGGGAAAGAGAGCAGCCAAGUAACAGGAGAUACAGAGACGGUGUUCCUGUCUGAACGUUGGAAAGAGAGCAGCCCAGGAACAAGAAGCACAGAAAGUUUGAGUUCUCUACCUUGUCUAGUAUUGAGAUGAUCAGGUCAAUUGUCUGGGGGAGGUUCCAGUAUGACCAAGGGAAAGAGAGCAGCCCAGGAACAAGAAGCACAGAAUGUCUGAAUUCCCUAUCUUGUCUAGUAUUGGGAUGAUCAGGUCAAUCGUCUGGGGGAGGUUCCGGUAUGACCAAGGGAAAGAGGGCAGCCCAGGAACAAGAAGCACAGGAAUUCUGAGUUCUCUACCUUGUCUAAUAUUGGGAUGAUCGGGUCAAUCAUCUGGGGGAAGUUCCAGUAUGACCAAGGGAAAGAGAGUAGCCCAGGAACAAGAAGCACAGAAAUUCUGAGAUCUGUACCGUGUCUAGUAUUGGGAUGAUCAGGUCAAUCAUCUGGGGGAGGUUCUAGUCUGACCAAGGGAAAGAGAGCAGCCCAGGAACAAGAAGCACAGAAAGUCUGAGUUCUCUAUCGUGUCAAGUAUUGGGAUGAUCAGGUCAAACUUCUGGGGGAGGUUCCUGUAUGACCAAGGGAAAGAGAGCAGCCCAGGAACAAGAAGCACAGCAAUUCUGAUAUCUGUAUUGUGUCUAGUAUUGGGAUGAUCAGGUCAAACAUCUGGGGGAGGUUCCGGUAUGACCAAGGGAAAGAGAGCAGCCCAGGAAGUCAGAACUCCACAUAUGAGUAAAGUCUUAGGUUUACUCUGCAUUCACUUACCCUGGAGGAGGUUCUUGGUUGUUGUAAUGAGAACCUGAUCUCAUGAGGCCUCGGGUGAGAGGGGUGAGACUCCCCAACCUCAGGGUGGGCUGAUUGGGAAGACUAUGUCUAUAUGUCCCAGUGUUAUAGUGAUUAUCUGCACUGGGAGGUAACUGGCAUGGUGGGAGGGGCAAUGCUGGUUGGAAAACCCCAGCGAAUAAAACAUGAUCAGCCUUUAAAGGGAAAGUUUACAUUGAAUUGGACUUUAAGUAACAUUUUGUGUUACUGGUUGGAGUUAAAGUGCCGUUCGGUUACUAGGGUGCCUCCCCCUAUGCAAUAUCAUAUCCUUCCAUAUUAAAUGACCAAGUGAAACCAACCAAUGUAAAUUGCCAGUUUCACCAAAUGACUGUUUAGUGCAGGGAUCCCCAACCUUUUGAACCCGUGAGCAACAUUC